AUGGCCCGCAUUGUGCGACGCGGCCUGCGGCUGCCUGGCCUGCCACUUUUCAGCUUGGGCCAGCCAUGGCAUUCGGUCAUGAACAGCGAAGGCAAGCUCGCCCUGAGCUUGUAUCAGAGGCAGUAUGUAGACGUGGCUCGGAGGAUCCUCGCCUCGAACAAACAGUUCGGCUACGCUGAGUCUUACCCACCCCGGGAAGGGACGUCGGGAGUCCUUGCACUUGUGGAGGACUUCCGUUGGAUUGGAGAGGAAUCAGAACACCAUGUGCCAGGAUAUGGAUCUGGCUCUCAGGUCCAGCUGCUGUCUGCCAGCGGAGGCCGAUUUCGCAUUCUCAAGACGAGCAAAGAAACCGUGGACGGCCUGGAGCUCUACCGCGCGCACGUGCAGCUCUUCGCGGAGCGCGACCUGACAAGGGGCGCCGGCGCAGAGGCUAUGGCCUACUGGAAUGACAAGACAGCAGGUCCAGAAGAGGGAUCCCGCGCCACUUCCGUGAAGCCUGGCAGCCACCUGGUGGCGUACGUGGACGCCCCUGUUUUCGAAUCUCCUGAGUCUUGGAGAUGCGUUGGAGAGGUGCCAGCAGGUGUCCGGGUCAUUGCGAUGGGUAGCCCACGUUUCGUGGAAGGCUAUCUGAUGGUACCCAUCGUCCCUUCCGGUGCAGUGCGGCUGACUUUGUUCCGAGAGCCGACGCAGGAGGUGCCCGAGGUGCAGCUGCCAGACGGAGAGAUGCUGAAGGCAAGAUCUGCUCCUUCCCUCUGCGCUGUGAGACGUUUGCAACAGAGACAGGAUGCUGAGCGCUCCCAAAAUGCAUUGAUCUCCAGAGUGGAGCAGCUGUCCAGCGGCAAGCUGCACGCAGAGCAGCAGAUGAGAGAGGCGCAGUCAGAGAUGCAUUGGCUGCGCGGUGAACUUGCUCGAUGUCACCGGCAUGCACGCAGCGAGGUGCAAUCACUGGGGCCGCUUGAUGAAGGUCAUCAUCUUGACAACGGUACACCGGAUGUGGAGCAGCCAUCACUGCGCCAUGCCUCAUGGUCACCUCCAAAGCAACCUUCAUCUUCACCGCCAAGUCCCGCACGACAUCGUGCUCGAGCGAGUCCAGCUCACAGUGGGGACGUGCACUGUUCUCUCCCAAACGGCUCCGGCAUGUCGCGCAGCUCGAGUUACAAGGGCUCCUCGUAUGAGCCAGCGCCGCAUACAGACGAGGUAGACGAGAUGUGGCGCACCGUGCUGCAGCGCUUCCCCCAACAUCCUCAGUGGUGCCUCGUUAAGGAAAAGCGCUGCGUUUACCGCAUGGGCAGUCAAACGGGCAAGAAGAUCGUUUGCCGGGUCACGCAUGGUGGGUUGCAGGUACGUGUGGGUGGCGGCUGGAUGGCUGCAUUUCCUUUCCUGGAGAGGUACGGCCCUCUAAACAUGGGACAGAAGGGUGAAGACAUGCAGUACAACUGCACGAGCGUGGAUCUUCCCCCAUCCAUGGAACGACUUCUGGUCCCCACGAAGAGCUGGGCACAGAGGAUUGGCAUCAGCAAGACGCCAGAUCUCAGGGAGCAGCGCAGAUUGCAGGUAGAUGAGGAGGACGCUUCCGAGGCCGGGAGACCUCGGUCCUUGUCGAAGCGCACGGCUUGGAGUGCUACGGCGCCCGCAGAGUGCUUAACUUCGAUCCCUCAGGCCCUCGACGGCGACGGCUUGCAGGCACUCCAGCCUCUGCCCUGGCCUGGUCACACGAG